AUGGCAACCGAAGAGCACACCAAAAAGAGAAAGUUGCAAGAUGACGACAAGCCUCGUAAGAAGCAAAAGAAGCACAAGAAAGUGCGCGAAGAUGAAGACGACCUGGACGUGGAAGCAGGCCUCAACCGAGCGUUCGAGCGGAUGGAUGGCCAGCUGCUCGCAGACCACAUCGCUCAGAAGACACGCCGCUUCGGGGCAGAUCUCAGUCCGGUCGAGUUGUCGGAUCUGUACAUAUCAGCAAACUCGAUCCGAGACUGCACAUCGUGGGAUAAGCCGCGGUCCCUGGAGAACUUGCCGGACUUUCUGGAGGCGUACUCAGGGGAGUCGGAGAAACUUGACGAGGCCCCGAAGAAGUGCGGGUCGCCGCAUACCAUCAUCGUAGCGGGUGCCGGUCUUCGCGCGGCCGACCUUGUAAGGGCAGUAAGGAAGUUCCAGAAGAAAGGCAAUACUGUGGCGAAGCUGUUCGCAAAACAUUUCAAGCUCGAAGAGCAAGUUUCAUUCCUUCAAAAGAGCCGUACUGGGAUCGCAGUUGGCACACCCCAGCGUCUUAUCGACCUGAUUGAGAAUGACGCCCUCUCUCUCGAGAGUCUGAAGAGGAUCAUCGUGGACGCUUCUCACAUCGACCAGAAAAAGCGAGGCAUUGUUGACAUGAGGGAGACAAUGAUGCCUCUUGUAAAACUGCUGUGCAGGGAGGCACUGAAGGAGAGAUACACAGAUGAUGAUCCUAGCCGUCACAUCGAUCUGAUCUUCUAUUAG